CAGUUUACAAUCUAUCAAUUGCGUAAUUUAAUAACUGUAUACAUUUUUUUUUUUGUAAAUGUCAAUGAAACUUUCUUGAAAUAAGAGAAAGAAAAAAGUUUGUAAGUUACGUCCUUUACUGAAGUUGCGUCAUUUUAUCCAUCUACCUGUCUAAAAUUAUAGAUGGCGUAAUGGGAGUGAACACGAUUACAGCGCACAUGUUCAGGUUAACUCAUUUAACUACUAAAAAACUUCAAUUUAAUAUCAAUUUUCGUCAGUUAUCUUUCACCAGUGUAUUUAGAAAAAUGUAUUCUGUUGAAGAAAGAGGUGCACCAAACUCGUUUGAUUAUCGGGUUUACAUCAAGGAUAAAGAUGGCCCAAUUUCUCCGAUGCAUGAUAUCCCAUUAUUGGCGGAUAGCGCAAAUAAAAUUUAUAAUAUGGUCGUAGAAAUACCACGAUGGACUCAAGCUAAAAUGGAGAUAACACUAAAAGAAAUUUUAAAUCCAAUUAAGCAAGAUACUAAAAAAGGAAAAUUACGAUACGUAGCUAAUUGUUUUCCACAUCAUGGAUAUAUUUGGAAUUAUGGAGCAUUACCACAAACAUGGGAGAAUCCAGAUCAUUUAGAUGAUGCUACUGGAUGCAAGGGGGAUAACGAUCCAAUUGAUGUAUUAGAAAUUGGAUAUCGAGUAUCAAAACGCGGUGAAGUGUUACAAGUUAAAUUACUAGGAACAAUUGCAUUAAUUGAUCAAGGCGAAACUGAUUGGAAAAUUCUUGCAAUCGAUGUAAAUGAUCCACUUGCAAGUCAAGUAAAUGAUAUUGGUGAUGUUGAAAAACAUUUCCCUGGAUUAUUGAAAGCAACAGUGGAAUGGUUUAAAAUAUAUAAAAUCCCUGAAGGUAAACCAGAAAAUUUAUUCGCAUUUAAUGGUGAAGCAAAACCAGCUGCUUUCGCUCAUCAAAUUGUUGAUGAAGUACAUAGAUUUUGGAAACAAUUAGUUAGAAAAGAAAUUGAAGGAAAUGGAAUUUCAUGUGCGAAUGUGUCAGUAGAAGAUAGUCCCUUUAGAAUUAACCGUCCAGAUGCUGUUUCAGUUGUAGAAAAAAGUCCAACUGGAGGCUCUUCUAUUGCACCAGAACCCAUAGUUGAUAAAUGGCAUUACAUUACUCUGAAGUAAAUAAAUUUUAUACCAAGAGCAAAAAUUAGUGAAUUGAUUUGCUAAUAAAAUAGAUGGUAAAUCAUGGAGAUUAUUUCACACAACGUACUAAGUUCACCAACCUUUUUUUUAAAUCUAAAAAUUAAUGGUUCCUUUAGCAUUAUUUUAAUUUGUAUAUUUUAAAUUAUUUUUCAUCAUUGUUUUUCUAUUGGAAAAUUAAACCAUAUUUUGUAAUACAAUUGCUAAAUCUCGCCUGAGAUUAAAAAAUGGAAAAUAAAAAUGAAGUAAAUUUGCACCUGGAAA